AUGCUUGCCCUGCAAUCUCUCCCCGCCUCCCCCAGCAACAGCGACAGCAACAGCGACAGCAACGGCGACAGCAACGGCAACCACAGCAAUCCCUCCUUCCACACCCUUCCUGCCGAGCUCCUGCUUGACAUCCUUCCACACAUCCCCUUCACUCCACAAGCCCUGUCCGGUAUCCGCCGCACCAACUCACGACUGAACAAGCUCAUCACCGGCCACGAGCAUGCACUGGUCAAGGAUAUCAAACGAAUCCAAUUCUCCCCCACCUCCCUCCGCCUCUUUCCCUCGUUACACACCAAUACCUUCUCCGGCCUCUCGACCCUCCACGACCGCCUGUCCACCCUCGACGACCUCCACUCACAAUGGCUCCGGAUCUGCUCCCACUCACCCGAGCUGGACUGGCUCAAGGGCCGCUGGGAGACGGUGCACAAGAUCGGUCUGCUCCUCCUCUACCGCCUGCAAGACACAGCAAGCUACCCCGACAAAGUCGCCCUCAUCAACGCCCUGCCAGCCACGAGCCUCGUAUGUCUCCUCUUCAAGCUCAUCUCCAGCAUCAAGAUCCUCCGAAUCCACGGCCCUUGUCCCAUCAACGCCCACCACGCAGCAGGCGACAUCAUGCAGAGAAGCGACAUCGAAUUGGCCCUGGAGGAAAUGCUCCUCCAACACGGCCCCGACUUCUUCCUCGCCCUCCUCCACCCCACCUCCCACCCCAAAUCUCCAUGGGCAAUCUCGUACGCCACUCCCCCCUUUCCCCCAAUCCACCUAUCCAUCCAAACCAAGACUAACCUCCCUCCCCCCCUCCUCCUCCACAGCUCCCUCACCUCCGAAAUCUCCUGCAUGCUCACCCGCCAAAACGCCCAUCCCCCCCAACCCCGCACCCUCACCUCCUGCCUCCGCCGCGCCCUCGCCGCCCGUCUCGACUGCCACUUCUCCCAGAACACCGCCCAAAUGUGGCAAAUCCUAUCCUCCACCGCUUUCGAUGACGUUGGCGAGGAGAAGGUGAUUCAAGUGGUCCGGGGGGAGGUGAUUGAGCGCGGCAUGAAGCGGAUCUUCUGA